AUGCAAACUAUUAGACCAAAACCAACAAAACACCACUCUCGACAAUCACAUUUCAUUUUUAACAAAAUAUUCGAUACAUCACAUGUAUUCAUUAGAGUAGACCAUUUAAAAAAACCAUUAGAGCAAUCAUAUGAAGGAAAAGAAACUACUGUAUCGACGGAACGACUAAAACCAGCAUUCAUAGAAGAUACAGAAAAUAAUGAACCACGAACCUACGCGCGAUUACAAGUACCGCCUACUCUCCAUAACAUGUCGAGUGACUCGAAAGGGGGUAAUGUAGCGACAGCUACCCCAGCGCCAUCUGUCUCAAAGAAGUACAGAGAGUCUAUUGGAGAUAAAGUGCGUCGACGCGUCGUCUCGUAUGUGAAUCCUAAUCUCGAUCCAUCGUUUUGUUAAUUGUUAUAAUAAAAGUAAUAGUAAAGCAAUCGCCUUUCGCUCAUCCUUCCCCGAGUUAGUGCGGAUUGCAUUUUUCCUUUUGUAGUACGGUGAAUUGUUAGUAUUACCGAUCAUCGUAUCUACAACAGCAUGGAGUAUACAAAAGAAAGUAUGA